AUGUUAACUAAAGGAGGCUUUUCAUUGAUUUUGAGUGUAGAAAAAUUUGCUAAUGCUACACAAACAAUUUUACCUCUUCGGCGUCUUUGCUUAACUCGUACUGUUUAUGUCUCAACAAGUGAAAGGACAUCGAGGUCACUUAAUGUUCCUCUUUCUCGGUUUGAACCAAAUGAAUAUAUUAAUUAUGAAAAAAAUGCAUCUGUUUUGGAUAUUGUCAAAAAAAGGCUUAAUCAUCCAUUAACACUUUCUGAAAAAAUUCUUUAUUCACAUCUUGAUAAUCCACAAAAUCAAAAAAUUGAACGUGGUAAAUCAUAUUUACGUUUACGUCCUGAUCGUGUUGCUAUGCAAGAUGCUACUGCACAAAUGGCUGUACUUCAAUUUAUAUCAUCUGGUUUACCAAGCGUUUUAUGUCCAAGUACAAUUCAUUGUGAUCAUUUAAUUGAAGCACAAGUUGGUGGAGAUGAAGAUUUAAAACGCGCAAAGGAUAUUAAUAAAGAAGUAUUUAAUUUCUUGGCAACAGCAAGUGCAAAAUAUAAUAUUGGUUUUUGGAAGCCAGGAAGUGGUAUUAUUCAUCAAAUUAUUCUAGAAAACUAUGCUUAUCCAGGUUUAUUAUUAAUUGGUACUGAUAGUCAUACACCAAAUGGUGGUGGUCUUGGUGGACUUUGUAUUGGUGUUGGUGGUGCUGAUGCUGUUGAUGUUAUGGCUAAUAUGCCAUGGGAAAUUAAAUGUCCAAAAAUUAUUGGUGUUCGAUUAACAGGUCAAUUGAAUGGAUGGACAGCACCAAAAGAUGUUAUUCUUAAACUAGCUGGUAUUCUAACAGUUAAAGGUGGUACUGGUGCAAUAAUUGAAUAUUUUGGACCUGGUGUUGAUUCAAUUUCAUGCACUGGAAUGGGUACAAUUUGUAAUAUGGGUGCAGAAAUAGGUGCUACAACAUCUGUAUUUCCUUAUAAUAAACGUAUGGUUGAAUAUCUUAAAGCAACAAAACGUGAAGAUAUUGCUAAUCUUGCUAAUCAAUAUCAAAGUGAACUUUUAACAGCUGAUGAUGAUGCAAAAUAUGAUCGAAUUAUUGAUAUUAAUUUAUCUGAACUUGAACCACAUGUAAAUGGUCCAUUUACACCUGAUCUUGCACAUCCAAUAGAUAAAUUAGCUGAAGAAGCAAAAAAAAAUAAAUGGCCACUUGAUAUUCGAGUUGGUCUUAUUGGUAGUUGUACAAAUAGUUCAUAUGAAGAUAUGACAAGAGCAGCUAGUAUUGCUCAACAAGCUAUAGAUAAAGGUAUUAAAGCUAAAUCAACAUUUACAGUUACACCAGGUUCUGAACAAAUACGUGCAACAAUUGAACGUGAUGGAAUUGCUGAAAAACUUCGUCAAAUGGGUGGAAUUGUUUUAGCAAAUGCUUGUGGUCCAUGUAUUGGUCAAUGGGAUCGAAAAGAUGUAAAAAAAAAUGAAAAAAAUACUAUUAUUUCAUCUUAA